UAACCUCCCUGGCGGUAUUCCCGAGUGUUUCAGUACCACAAGCGGUAACCCCGAGCUACACUCGGGCUUACCAUGCAGCGCUGCUCCGGGAUCUGUUCUUCUCUUACCUUGUCCUGCGCUCCAACGAUGUCCCUCCUGCAGUGUCCCCGGCAAUGUCCUCCGGGGGAAGCCGGCAUCUGCCUUCUGGGUUCCGUCCCCUGCGACGUUGGGACGUAUGGGGGACGGAACGGCGGGAAAUUGGAAAAUGACAAAAAGUGACAUUCACUAAAAUCUGAUAGUAUUACAUUACUGUAUUAAACCAUUUCACAUACAU